AUGGGCGAUUUCAACCUCGCCCUGGUCAUCGUUGCGGUGGUGGUGUGCGUGAUCGUGUUCAUCGUCAACUUGUACCUCUUGGUCAACUACCAGCACCCCGACGACGCAAACCAGGCCUAUUUCCCCAAAUUCGUCGUCGUUUUGGGCCUCUCCAUCGCAGCCAUCUCCAUCCUCAUGCUCCCGGCCGACGUGGCGAACCGCCAAGCCUGCCGCCACGCGAUCUACAACGGCGCGUGCAGCCUCACGCUCCCCAUGAAGGACCUCUGGCUCGCCGUCUACAUCGUAGAUGCCGUCCUCGUCUUCUUUGUCAUCCCAUUCGCCAUGUUCUACUACGAGGGCGACCUGGACAAGAGUGUGGGGAAGAAGAUUAAGAGUGCGUUGAUGUGGGUGGUCUCCACCGCUAUAGUGUGCGCCCUCAUUCUGGGUAUUUUAUACGGGCUGGUUGGUAAGGUGGACUUUACUGUUAGGCAUCUCUCUUCAUCAACGACUGCCUUUCCUAGCACAUGGACCUUCAAUAGUGGUGAACAAUGUGUUGGAAAUGGUGUCCAUCAGUGCUCAGCUUACUCUGCCAGUCCUUCAUCAGAGAAAACAUGGACCAUGCGUAGUACCUUCCCAGAAUAUGUUGUUGCACUUGCUACUAUAGUUGGAUCUGUGCUUUUUGCUAUAUUUGGCGGUGUUGGUAUUGCCUCUCUUCCAUUAGGACUUAUAUUUUCAUUUAUUCGGCGUCCAAAGGCUGUUAUCACUCGCUCACAGUAUAUCAAGGAAGCCACUGAACUGGGUAAAAAAGCUAGAGAACUAAAGAAAACAGCUGAGUCUCUCCGUCAGGAUGAAAAAGGUGGUGCAAAGGGUAGAAAGUUUCGUAAAAAUGUGAAGGAAGUUGAGAAGGAGUUGUUUCAAUUAGAAGAAGAUGUAAAGCUUCUUGAAGAGAUGUAUCCUCAAGGGGAAAAGGCUGAGACAACAUGGGCACUAACAGUUCUUGGUUACCUGGCAAAAUUUGUUUUGGGAAUUUUAGGGUUGAUUGUUUCCCUGGCAUGGAUCGUUCAUAUUAUUAUAUACCUAUUAAUUGAUCCUCCACUUUCUCCUUUCCUGAAUCUAGUUUUCAUCAAGCUAGAUGAUGUCUGGGGUCUUCUCGGCACUGCUGCAUUUGCAAUUUUCUGUUUCUACCUUCUCCUUGCUGUGAUUGCUGGUGCCAUGAUGCUUGGACUGAGACUAGUUUUCAUUACUAUACACCCCAUGAAGUGGGGAGGAACUCUCAUGAACUCUUUUCUGUUUAAUGUGGGCCUUAUUCUUCUUUGCUCCAUUAGUGUGAUCCAGUUCUGCUCCACAGCCUUUGCCUACUAUGCUCAAGCAACUGCAGCCCAGGAAAUAUUUGGCCACACUUUGCAGUCUCUUCGAGGAAUUAAAUAUUUGUACAAGUACAAUGUAUUCCAAAUUGCGUUUGUUGUUUUGGCUGGAUUGACUUUUCUGUAUUACGCUGCCUUUGGAUGGAGAAGAAAAAAACCUAGUGGCAGGUUCCAAUUAUCUACAUGA